AUGUUGUUCACUUUCCUCGUCGUCGACUGUCCCUCUGCCUAUAACAUCAUCCUUGGCCGUACCGCCCUUAACGCUUUUCAAGUUGUCACUUCCACGUACCACCUGGCUAUGAAAUUUCCCACCGACCUCGGAGUUGGCACUAUGAGGAGGGAGCAGACUGUAGCCAGAGAAUACUACGUCGCUUCACUCAAAGAGGUCAAGCUGAAAGAGACUAUGAUCAUUGAAGGACUCGACGUCAGAGAUGAAGAUGAGUUAGUUAGAGGAGAACUAGUGGAAGAACUUGUUGAAGUCCUUAUCGACCCCACCAACCCAACAAAAACAGUUAGGAUCGUCGAGCUCAACCAAUUUGAAAUCUCCUCCCGAUCUCGAACAGCGAUCAAAGGACAGGCUGUUGCCGAUUUUAUCCUGGAAUUCACUAAUCCCACCCCAACCACGGCCCCACCGCCCAAACAAUUCAACACUGAAGCAGAAGAUCCCCACUCUUGGACCCUCAAUGUCGAUGGUUCAUCCCGCAAAGAAUGCAGUGGGGCUAGUCUCAUCCUUACCGUCCCCGAGGGUGGUUAUUUCAAGUGUGCUCUCCGUUUCCUGUUUGACGCAAGCACCAAUGAGGCCGAGUAUGAGGCCCUGAUAGCAGGUCUUCGCCUAGACCGAGACAUUGGUGUGAGCCAUAUCCGAGUGUUCAGCGAUUCCCAGCUGAUCGUCGAACAAAUCACGGGAGAAUUCGACGCCAAGGACGACACAAUGCAAGCCUAUAGGGAGAUUGCACUCCCCCUUGUUCGCCUUUUCAACACUUUCCACAUCAAACAUAUCCCUCGGUCAGAAAACUCUAAGGCAGAUGAAAUGACCCAAUUAGCCUCAGCUGACCAGUCGGACCUCAGCCACAGAGUUCGCCUUGAAUACGUGGCCCACCCGGCUACUUCACCAACCCAGCUGGAGGUCCACUUCCUCUAA